UAUGGUCUAGGAAGCAAACAUUCGGGUGUGGUUGUCGUCAACACAAACUCAAAUUUGGCGUUUCAUUCAUUUCAAAUUAUCUCUAAUGGAUCCUCCACCCAAGACUUGGAGCAUCCACAUGCGCUCCGAGAUAACCGCCAAGUACGAGGUUCUCAACCGGGUCGGGUCGGGCGCCUAUGCCGACGUCUACCGCGCCAUCCGCCUCUCCGACGGCGCCUCGGUGGCGCUGAAGGAGGUCCACGAUUCCCAAUCCGCAUCGCGCGAAAUCGAGGCCCUGAGGCUUCUGAAAGGGUCCCGAAACGUGGUCGUGCUGCACGAGUUCUUCUGGCGCGAGGACGAGGACGCGGUUCUUGUGCUCGAGUUUCUCGGAACCGACCUUGCGGCGGUGAUCGGAGAAGGUGAUGGUGUCGGUGUUGGAGAAAUUAAGGGGUGGAUGGUGCAGGCUCUGAGUGCAGUGGAUGAGUGUCAUAGGAACAUGAUCGUGCAUAGGGAUUUGAAGCCGUCGAAUUUCUUGGUUUCUGAUGAUGGGGUCCUCAAGUUAGGGGAUUUUGGACAGGCAAGGAUACUAGUGGAGUCUGGAUUUAAUGCUCCCCAGGAGAACCCGCCACCAUAUGAAGAUGAUACUUCUAAUGCUGAAAGCUCAACCCAACAUUCUGAAUCUAUUUCUCAAUUAGUUAACUUAAACCAAACUGCAUAUGAAAAUCCAAAUCUGGGAACCUUGAGUCAUGAAGAAUAUUUCAGAGUCUUGGAUGAGAUGAAAACCAAGAGCUACUCGUAUGACACUGAUAAGGACACAAACAUCUAUGAUGGAAACACCUCAUGUCUUGCAACAUGCACAACCAGCGACAUAGAUGAUGAUCUUUGUAAGGGUUCUUUUACAUAUGAAGCUGAGGAGGUAGGAGGGAAUGAACUUGGUUGUCUCACAUCAUGUGUUGGAACUCGGUGGUUCCAAGCUCCUGAACUACUCUAUGGAUCCACAGACUAUGGUUUAGAGGUUGAUCUUUGGUCAUUGGGGUGUGUCUUUGCCGAGCUCUUAACAUUGAAGCCAUUGUUUCCUGGGACAAGUGAUGUAGAUCAGCUCAGCAGAAUUGUAAGUGUUUUGGGGAACAUUGAUGAGGAAACUUGGCCUGGUUGUCACAAACUUCCUGAUUAUGGAUCAAUCUCAUUUGGUGAGGUGGAAAAUCCUAGUGGUCUUGAAGCAUGCAUGCCAAAUUGCACCCCUGAUGAAGUUUCCCUAGUCAAAAGACUGAUUUUUUAUGAUCCUGCUAAGAGGGCCACAGCAAUGGAGUUACUUCAGGACAAGUACUUUAGUGAAGAACCUCUUCCUGUUCCAAUUUCUGAAUACAAUGAAGUGGAUUCUGAUUCUGCUUUGGAGGAGUUUGGCACCUUGAAUAUCACCACAACUGGUUCUGAUUUAUCUAUACAGAUCCCUUGAACACGAAGGAUAUGAUGCACCUUAAAUUUUGUUUUAUUAUUUGUAUAUAAAAAAAUGAAUUCAAGGUGCAUCAUAUUCUUGGGACAGAAUUUUCCCUUUGUGCUGUUCGAUUGGUAGUAUAUUUGCUGAAUGAAAUCCACGGUUGGAUUUUUUUUAUAAGAAUUUAUUUCUUUUGCAA